AUGGAUUCGGAGGAUGAUAUGUUCCCUGUGAUCGACGCCAAAUCUCUCAGCGAUGACUCCAACGGCAACAACAUCGGCGGCUGCGGUGACGACACCGACAAUUACGACACCGAUGACAACUCGGCCAGUUGCGAUCAGCAACCCUAUAAAGUCCUGAACGAAGACGAUAUACGCCAGCGUCAAGAUGAUGAUAUUGUAAGUAUUUCUCUUGUUCUUUCUGUAACAAGAACAGCUUCAUCCAUACUAUUGCGUCACUAUAACUGGAGUGUGAGUGCCGUGCACGAGGCAUGGUUUGCUGAUGAAGAUGGCGUCCGCGAAGCUGUUGGUUUGUUGAAAAACCCGAUUGUUCGAUUUCGGAGCAAGAGAAAACUGACCUGUUGGAUCUGUUUAGAGAAGCGUCCCGCUGAUUUGAUGAAAAAUGCAGGUUGUGGGCACCUUUUUUGCAGUACAUGCUGGGGAACGUACAUCAGUACAUCCAUUGGUGAUGGCCCUGGUUGCUUGAUGCUGAAAUGUCCCGACCCAUCGUGUGUUGCUGCUGUGGGGCAAGAUAUGAUUGAUAUGAUGGUUUCUGAUGAAGACAAGAGGAAGUAUUCUAGGUAUCUUCUUCGAUCUUAUGUUGAAGGCAGCAGAAAGAUCAAGUGGUGUCCUGGCCCGGGAUGUGACUAUGCCGUUGAAUAUGAUCUUGGAAGUGGAAACUACGACGUUUCAUGCCUCUGCUCCUACAGCUUUUGUUGGAAUUGCAUAGAGGAAGCCCAUCGCCCGCUGGACUGUGAUACUGUGGCCAAGUGGAUAGCAAAGAACAAUUCUGAAGCUGAAAACACCAACUGGAUCCUGGCUUUUACUAAGCCUUGUCCGAAGUGCAAGAGACCAAUUGAGAAAAAUCAUGGUUGUAUGCACAUGACAUGCAGGGCACCUUGUGGCUUUGAAUUUUGCUGGGUAUGCCUUCGGAAAUAUCCAACCUGUCAGGCUUCAUGUAAUCAGUAUAGGGAAAACAAGGGAGAUGAUGAUGAAGCUGCAACGAGAAUGAAGGCAAAGAAUUAUAUACAGAGAUAUACUCAUUAUUAUGAACGCUGGGCAACCAACAAAUCGUCAAGGCAGAAAGCUCUAGCAGAUUUACAUCUGACGCAAACUCUGCAUAUUGACAAACUUGGUAUAAAACAGGCUCAAAGUAGAGCUGAAUUGAAAUUCCUCAUAGAAGCCUGGUUACAGAUAGUUGAAUGUAGGCGGGUUCUAUCAUGGAGCUACGCAUAUGGAUACUACAUACCUGAGCAUGAACAUGCCAAAAGGCAGUUAUUUGAGUACUUGCAAGGCGAUGCGGAGGCUGGCUUAGAAAGGCUUCAUCAAUGCGCAGAGAAGGAACUACAACCUUUCCUUGAUGCUGAAGGCCCUUCUGAUGACUUUAACAAUUUCCGCAAAAAGCUAGCUGGACUGACAUCGGUGACCCGAAAUUUCUUUGAGAACUUGGUUAGGGCAUUCGAGAAUGGUCUUUCUGAUGUGGAUUCUCAAGGAGCUUGCAGCAAACCACAAGAUCAAAAGGCAAAGCACCACCAAUGA